GUACAUCAUCACAUCUGAGCUCUAUUGGCGUCGACGCAAGGGCGGCGUCAGGAUGCAUUACAUGCACCAUAGCAUUAGCUCGGGUUAGCAUGCGCUAGCUUUCGACGUCUUCCAAUUGCACCGGAAGUCCGAGGGAGCCUCUGACAGCUCAUGCCUGGUGAAAAGCCUAAAGUUGGCGGGGUGUCUGGGCCCACUAGAUCACUCUAUGCACUGCCUUCACUGACAGGCGCUGCCAACCACGAUCCGACAAAAUCCAGAGCGCCAAGUUACUCUUUCGGAAAAACCUGUCGCACCAUCAAACAUAACAUCUCCCCAGGACCCGCCCACUUUAUCCCUUCUAACAUCACCAAAAAUGGUCGCGACGGGACACCGGCAUUUUCCUUCGGCAGACGUCCUAAGCAGCGGGGUCUCGACAUGGUUCCCGCGCCCAACUGCUAUCAUCUCGGAAGUUCAGAUAAGCUCGCCUACCAGUCUUCUCCUGCUUACACUUUGUCUGCAAGGUGGAAACAAGCAGCACCAAGCUACAUGUUUACACCCGGUCCGGCAUCCAAUAUGCUGCCUCCUGUCAUUGGAUCCAAAACCGUCAACGUACCUGCAGUGCCCUCAUACACGAUUUCUGGUCGGAACAAAGUUGGAAACUUUUUUAACGACUUGGCAAAGACUCCAGGUCCUGCAGCCUAUCAAGCUGUAGAUCCCAGAACGUACCUGAACAAACCUCCAAUGUACAGCAUGCCAGGUCGCAAGUUCCUGCCAACAGGCUGUACGAAGACGCCAGCACCUGGAGUCUACGCUCCUGAGAAGGUUACCAGCUCACACCUAAAAGCUCCGUCCUUCAGCUUCGGGCGACAUCACUCGGAAAACACCAUCAUCCCCCUUACGGAGGUGGAUAAAGCCCAACGCUCAAUACAGCUAAUUUAAUUUUGUAAUUAUAAAUGUGGUAAAAGACAGCGUGUUAGAAUGAACAAAAAAAUGGAUGCACCCUCCAGUUUUUGAAUCUAGAGCCUUACAAUGAUACAAACACCGCCAAUGGACACUUUAGCUGUCAAUGAAGCUAACUAAGCUAAACUGAAGUAGCUAGCGUUAACAUACAGGAAGUGAGUCGGAUGUGUGCCAAUGACAAGCUUAACAUAUACUGUAUGCAGGGUUCUCAACUAGCCUUAGCAACAUUUUUUGACAAAAAAAAAAAAAAGCUUCACUAAUUUCCAAUAGCAAAAACAUUUCAAAAUAAAACAAGCAACUUCUGGAGAAAUUGCGUUUUUUUUUGACAGCGCAAUACAUUUUGACUUGGAGGGGCGAAUGAACAAAUGUCAAUAGCUUGCCAAAGAGUUGAUUUUGGGUCACAUCUUGAUAAUAUUAGGGUACUUAUGGAUAACCUCCUUUCCAUUUUGGUGUAUUUCAGUGAUUUUAGGGCAAUUCUAGCUCAACUCCUGUUUAUUGGUCUCUACCUGUUGAUUUUGGGGCAUUUCCAGGUCACUUUCUGUUAUGUUUGGGUCACUACCUGCACAUUUUAGAACAUUCCGGGUCACUUCCUGUACAUUUUAGAGCUUUUUCAGGUCAUUUGCUAGUGAUAUCUAAGUGUGAAUAGGAAACUAUGGCAAAUACAAUGGGACAAAAUACACCAGCUUGCAUAUGCUGUCUAUUAUUGUUUUAAGGAGUGCUGCAUUUUUUUUUUUUUUUUUUAAAUAAACACU